CAGAGCACCAAACUUUCGUGCCGAGUUCGAAGAUCCCGUCAAGGCUUCGUCCCGCUAACUGGCCAAGUUCAGCCACCAAGUUCCCGGCAGAUAUGAACUGUGGGGACCUGACUGGCUGGAAUUGGCAAAUUAUUCAGGGCAUACCGUUGACGUGUUUUGGAAUUUGAGACUAAACCAGCUUCAGAAAUGUGGAUUUCCUUCCUCUUGUUGCCCGGCGUGCUGGGCACCGUCACUUCUGUCACUGGAGUUUCUGAUGAAGGGUUCUUGUCUGACGUCACCGGAAAUGGCUCUUUGGAAGCGAACAGCUGCAUCGGAAACGGAUCCCAAGCCGAAUCGUCGUUCAACACCACCUACUUGGACCCUACUUACUACUCACUGAAUUACAGGAUCAUUGGGACUAUAUUUCAGGGCAUCAUAUUUGCCGUGGGCGUGCUGGGCAACAUCAUGGUCGUCAUUGUCGUCAUGCGUACUCGAAGCAUGCACACCCCGACCAACUGCUACUUGGUCAGCCUCUCCGUUGCCGAUUUUAUGGUUCUUGUGGCUUCGGUACCCAACGAGAUUAUCUCCUACUACGUCUUGGGUGACGAAUGGAUCUGGGGCCGCGCCGGUUGCGCUCUCUUCAUCUUCCUUCAAUACCUUGGCAUCAACGCUUCGUCGCUCUCGAUCACCGCUUUUACCAUCGAACGCUACAUUGCCAUCUGCCUGCCCAUGAAAGCCCAGACGGUAUGCACCGUCCAACGAGCGAAAAAAAUCAUCCUUGGUGUAUGGGUAUUCGCUUGUUCGUACUGUUCACCCUGGUUGGCGCUGACCACGACUGAGGCUAUUUACUACAAGGGUCACGAAGAUAUCGAGACCUGCACGUUUGCCCUCUCAAGACACGAAUACCGAAGUUACUUCUUUGCCGACCUGAUUCUCUUCUACGUGGUGCCCCUUCUGCUCUCCUGCGCUCUGUACGGACUUAUGGCCAGAGUGUUGUUCAAGUCCAACUUCGACACGCGUCCAACAAACGGGGGUCCCGUAUCUGGGGGAGACUGCAAUAGGAGCACAGCCAAUUCCAGUUCCCGAGUGCAGGUAGUCAAGAUGCUCGUGGUUGUGGUGGCCCUGUUUGCCACCCUGUGGCUCCCGUACCGUGUACUUCUGGUAUACAACUCGUUCGCCCAGCACCGCUACAUGGAGCUGUGGUACCUCAUGUUCUGCAAGACCAUGAUCUUUAUCAACUCCGCCAUCAACCCUAUUCUCUACAACGCCAUGUCGAUCAAGUUCCGGCGUGCCUUCAAGCGCAUGCUCUCCUGCAAGCGACGCGAUCGUGGGCCCUAUUCCAGUGUUGUCGGAGGAGGAUCAGUGCGACUGAGCCGUAGCACCCUGGUAGCUGCCUCCACUAAGUCAUGUAACACUAAAGUGGACCAAAGGCAUCAGCUUCUCUGAAUGAAAAGCAAAUGUGCUUUUUACCCAUUU